GAUGAGUGCUCCACUGCUGCAUUUAGAUCGUGACGGCUCUUUCUCUCUCUUCGUCUCUCUCGAGCACUCGUUCCAGGGAGCUCCUUUUGCAUGAACGCCUGCCUUUCAAACCAGCAUGUUGUCAUAGUGUUUGCACUGGAGCCGUUGUUUAGGCUGACGCGUGAGCGGCAAAGGGUCCAAAAUGGGCAUCUCAGGUCUUCUUCCACUGCUCAAGUCAGUCCAGAAGCCAUGUAGUCUCAAGAAAUAUGCGGGCCAGACUAUUGGCGUGGAUACAUAUGGCUGGCUGCACCGGGCCACUGCUGCCUGCGCUAUCGAUCUGGCCCUGGACAAGCCUACCACCAAAUAUGUCGAGUUUGUCAUGCAUCGUGCUCGCAUGCUCAUCCAUUUCGGUGUCACCCCUUACCUAGUGUUCGAUGGCGACAACCUACCAAGCAAAGCGGGUACUGAGAAGGGUAGAAGAGAAAGGAGGAGAGAAAGCAAGAAGCUUGGUUUGGAACUAUUGAAAGUUGGCAAGAUGGCUCAGGCGCAACAGGAGCUGCAGAAGAGCGUGGACGUGACACCAGAAAUGGCGCGUAUGGUCAUCGAAGAGCUGAAACGGAACAACAUUCAGUACGUCGUCGCGCCUUAUGAGGCUGAUUCUCAGUUGGCGUACCUGGAACGCAAGGGAAUCAUCAACGGCGUUCUCUCGGAAGAUUCGGAUCUGCUCGUCUUUGGUGUCAAAUGUCUUAUUACGAAGUUGGACAAGUACGGAGACUGUAUCGAGGUUAACCGGAACCACUUCACUGCCUGCAGGGAAGUCAGCUUUGUAGGCUGGUCCGACGCCGACUUCCGAAGGAUGGCCAUUCUGAGUGGAUGCGACUACCUACCCGGAAUAGGAGGGCUUGGCCUAAAGACUGCCCAUCGGAUGCUGCGCAAGCAUAAGACCGUGGAUCGCCUCGUCAAGGCCGCUCAAUUUGACGGAAAGUUCAAAGUGCCGCCUGGCUUUAUGGAGUCUUUCGACCAGGCAGAGAAGACGUUUUUGUACCAAUGGGUCUACUGCCCCAUCGAGGAGAAGCUGGUCAACUUAACACCACUUGCCGAUGGGGUAGAUAUCGCUGCUAUGCCCUACAUUGGAGAGGAGGUCCCGUCACACAUCGCUACAGGUGUUGCACGAGGUGACCUGUAUCCGCGCACAAAGCUUCCCAUGGACAUUGCCAGCAACACCAAACCUAUGACCCAGCCGUUGCCUCCCUCUCGAAGAUCUUCUACGACUGUACAAACUCCUGACCCUAAGAGUAACAAAUCGAUCGACUCGUUCUUCAAGCCCAAGCGCACGCCUUUGGCUGAAUUGAGCCCAAACUGCUUCACGCCUUCGCCAAGCCAGCAGGUCUUGCUUGAACAGCAGCGCAAUAGCACUAGCUGGGCUGCAGUACCAGCUCCCAUUUCGCGAUUGCAGCAACAGUACCCGGCGCCUCCUAGCACGGCGCCUCAGCCUAGGCGCACUACGACGGAUCCCAUUGGAGGGCGAUCGGUCCCUCACCCGUCUAAGAGGCCCCGACUCUGUUCAGAUUCUGCAUUUGAUGCCUCUACUGCGGGCGACGAGGGUGUCGUUCGAAGCCAGUUUUUUACAUCGUCUACGCCAGAGCCGAGUCCCACGUUGCAUCGGAGGAAGAAGAGCAGAAGAAAGACUGACCAGGAUUUGCAGCCCUAUUCGGAUGACUCAAUCGAGGAGGUGAUGCUACAGGCCGCUGAUUUGGAGCAGACUGCAUCCCAGUCAAAGAAAAAGCUGCGGGUGUUCAGUGAGACGCAAUCAAGCAUACGAAGCGCGUCACAAUCAACAGUGUUUUCGAAAGAUGGUACUUCUCAAUCUCAAGAGACGCCUGGCUCACUCACACCAGCGUCAUCUUCUGGCAGCCCAGAACCCGAGUCUGUCUUUCGCUCUGCAAUUUCCUCUCAGCUGAGCGAUUUGCGGUCAAAGUUUGCCUACAAGGCUCCACCCGUCCCUUCAUCAUCCAUGCCACGACCUGCCAAAGCACGUUUGGAAAGGCGGCAUACUGAAGCAUGGCAGCCUGAACCACCACCUCUCAAGCCGGGCUCAGCAUCACUUCCUGAAACACCUGCAGAACCGAUUUUUCCCGGAACACCGCCUCCCGCAGACGAGGAAGCUGAUCUUGCAGAUUCUGCCUGGACGGCCAUGGAGGCAGAGGUUGUUGUAGCUGCGAGCUCACCGCCCCCUGUGACACCUGCAAAAAGGAGGCGAUCAUCGCCGAAAGGAAGUGAAGACUUGCUUGUGCCAGAUAGCGAUGCAGAAAGUGUGUGCUCGCCACGGAAGCCUUUGUUCAAUCUUGCGCGUUUUGCCUUUGCCGGAUAGGUUCUUAACUGUUGUCGAAAUAUUGGUGUAUUAUUACGAUGAGCAUAUGGUUUGCGGUUCUGGCGUUCCAGCAUUCGGUCGCGACCUGAGUCUUCCAAGGUCAUGAAAAUAAACAGAGCAGGCGUAGGCACAUGAAUUAUCAUGUUAUGGAUUUCUAUCUUGUAGUAUAACCUU